CUAGAACUUGGGUUUUUUUGGACCUGCCUCCAGAGCGCUGGGGAUUUCUGCCUAGGUGAGUGCCCCCACUGAGAGCCCUCCAGGGGCUCAGACAGCAAGCCAGCCCCACGAGGUGGAGGAAGCCAGCAGCCAUCUGCCCUGUGGUUCUUAGACAGGGAAACUCAGCAUCUAUGACAUGCUUCUCUUUCUCCUUUUUCACUCUGAAAAAUAACUGGACACUCCCAAAGCCUUCAGUCACCGUCCAGGGGAUUUUUUUUUUUCUUUUUUUUUUUCUGCACCACAAAGGGUAAUUCCUACCCCAUCCUUGUUGUGACUCAGCUUGUGACGUGGAACUACACAAGCCAGAGAGGGGAAGAUAAAGUCACCAGAGACCUCCUGCUCACCAGAGAGGGUGGCCCAGCCAAAGGCCCACCUCUGCUUUCCUCCACGGAUUUCACAGGGUUGGCCCUCCAUCCCUGGCCAGCCUGAGGUUUGGAGAUGGCCUCCAGCUCAGCCAGCAGCCCUCACCCAGCCCCUGGGGAGAAUGAGUUUCCCUUUGGCUGUCCCCUCACCGUGUGCCAGGAUCCAUCAGAACCCAGGGUGCUCUGCUGUGCAACCUGUCUCUCUGAGAAUCUGAGGAACAUCCAAGAUGCAAUCUGUCCCAAGUGCGGAGGGAACAACCUACAACCUGGAACCUCAGACAGUCUGACUCAGGAGAAGGUGGCCCCAGAGGUAUCUGAGGAUGGCGUCGUAUGUCCCUUUGCAAGUGUGGGCUGCUCCUUCAAGGGGAGCACCCAGUCCACACAGGAUCAUACAGCCACCUCCCAGGCCUCCCAUCUCAACCUGCUGCUGGGUUUCAUGAUACAGUGGAAAGCCCAGCACAGCUCCAGCCCAGGCUCCGGACCCACAGCCCUGGAGCAGAACCUGUCACACCUGCAGCUGCAGACGGCUGUGGAGGUGACGGGGGAUGUAGAGGUGGACUGCUACCAGGCCCCCAGCUCUGAGAGCCAGGAGGAGCUGGUCCUGCAGCGCUUCCUGAAGGAGAAGCUGCUGGCUGAGCUGGAGGAGAAGCUGCGUGUGUUUGAGAACAUCGUCGCAGUCCUCAACAAGGAGGUAGAGGCCUCUCACCUGGCCCUGGCUGCCUCCACCCACCAGAGCCAGCUAGAUCGGGAGCACAUCGAGAGCUUGGAACACAGGGUGGUGGAAUUGCAGCAGACACUGGCCCAGAAAGACCAGGCCUUGGGCAAGCUAGAGCAGAGCCUGCGCCUCAUGGAGGAGGCCUGCUUUGAUGGUACCUUCCUGUGGAAGAUCACCAACGUCACCAGACGCUGCCAUGAGUCAGCUUGUGGCAGGACCAUGAGCCUCUUCUCCCCAGCUUUCUACACGGCCAAGUACGGCUACAAGUUGUGCCUGCGGCUGUACCUGAACGGGGAUGGCACGGGCAAGAGGACCCACUUGUCCCUCUUCAUCGUGAUCAUGAGAGGGGAGUAUGAUGCCCUGCUGCCAUGGCCUUUCAGGAACAAGGUCACCUUCAUGCUACUCGACCAGAACAACCGCGAGCAUGCCAUCGAUGCCUUCAGGCCCGACCUCAGCUCAGCCUCCUUCCAGAGGCCUCAGACCGAAACCAAUGUGGCCAGCGGCUGCCCAUUGUUCUUCCCCCUGAACAAGCUGCAGUCACCCAAGCAUGCCUACGUGAAGGACGACACGAUGUUCCUCAAGUGCAUUGUGGACACCAGUUCUUAAAGCCACUGGGGUUCCUGAGAAAAGACUCCGACUCAGGGCUUAGCAAAGUGAUUGGCAGAUAGCCCUUCAUGCCUGCAGUUCUGGGACAUAGCCUGGACAGACAAGUUGACUAUGGCUGCUAUCAAGAUGCAGGGACUUUGGGCUGUGCCCACAAAGACAGAGGGCUCUGAAGCAGACAGCACAAUUGCUCCCCUCCUCACAGACCACUCAUCGCGGAGAGGCAGCCCUGAAUGUUGAGGCCAUUUUCCAUCAAGAUUGGGAAAAGCUAGACCCAGCCUGAGGCAUCACAGUGAGCCAGAGCAAUGGGGCCUGGGCAGGGACGUUCUCAGGAUAGGAGGGUCUCAUAGGGCCCAUGGAGAAAUAGAAACUUGCUCAUUCUCCCUGCUCAGACUCAGACCCGGCCCAGGGGGUGGAAAGGGAUGGGACUACUGUGAAUUCAAACUGAACUGAGUUCUCCAUCAUUAGAGGUGAACAGGUAAAGCCAAAGAGCUAAGCUUGGGGAAGGGCACCGAGCUAGAGGUUGGAUUUGACCAUCUUUAAUGUUUCUUACAACCAAGAGAUUCAUAAUUUUGGCCUCCUGGCCCAGGCAAGGCCUAGACCCAUUGGGGCUCCUGGGAACACUGGAGCCUCGUGCCUUCUGGCUCCUCACCUACCCACAGCAUCUCCAGGUGGACUAGGUGGCCCACAUGCACCUGUUCCCUGGGCCUAGCAGCCCAGCUUCCCAGCACGCAGGAGCACACACAGACUCUGGCAUCUGUGCCUCCAGUGAGCUCCCAGGAAUAGCCAGAAGGAAUAUGCAGGUGUGGUGGCACUGGGGAAGUCAUCAACUUUCCACUUUUCUGCCUCAAGCCCCCUGUCUUGGUGCUUUCUAGAAUCCCAAUCACCUCAGUGUUCACUUCCCUCCAUUGACUGACCAGGGCAUCUGAGCUGCUUGGCGAAGGUUGUCCUUUUAAGUAUGUAUGAAACCAAAGAAACAACUCUUUAAAAAAUC